UAGAGGACCCCAGUAGUGCAGUUGGUUAGUGAGCUAUGCUCACUAUUACUGCUUUCUAUGGUCGGAGUGUAAUUUUAUAUUUUCUCGAUUGAAAGUAUCUUUGUUUUGAAAGAAGAUCGGUUACUUCUGAACGAGGGAAUUUGAUUUUCUCGCGAUCGUAGAUUAAUUAUUUGAAACCACCGGCUUUUUUUCAAAUUCUGUGAAAUAUGUUUAGGUAUACCAACAGAAAUCGCACUAAAAGACGCCGAGUGAUGGCCAGGAAACUGAAGCCUGAGUUGCAUCGCCGUCCUCAAAUAUUUGAAAAUAGUAGAUUUUACAUCCAUCCGUAUUUUAUUAACGGCUCCAGGCGAAAAGUUCUCCAUGAAUUAAUCGUGAAAUAUGGUGGCUCUUAUACUUUAGUGCUUGAUGAUGAAACAACACAUAUUUUAGUGGAUGAGGAUGUUUCGAGUGGAAAAUUUUGGCGUUCUUUAGGGGAAAUAACACUUUCCCCGAACGUAAAUGUAUUGAUAGUCAGUUGGUUGAGUGCUAGUGUUAGAGCAGGUCGGUGUUUAAAUCCAGUGGAUUAUGAGAUACGCCGACCAAGAUUUGAAACUAGUCAUCGGUGUGCUGCAUCUACAAGCACUGCUGUUGUUGGUACAGUUGAUAAUGAGUGUGUUUUUUCUGAUACUUCAUCAUCAUCUGCUAUCUUUAUUAGUGAAGAUGCUGAUGUUGAAUUGCCAUAUUUAGAAGCUGCUCGUGAAGAAGCUUCCACAUAUGAUGAUGGAAAAUAUGAUGAAGAAACAUCAUGUGAUGAUGAGUGGAUAAUUUUUAUAGGAAACCCUGAAUCGUAUGAUGCUGCAAAUUCUGAAGCAUUAAAUGCACCUGGUAUUGUAAAUUCUGAACCAUCGGAUGCAUCUGGUAUUGUGAAUACUGUGCCAGAUGCAUCUGGUAUAAUAAAUUCUGGACCAUCAAAUACAUCUGGUAUUGUAAAUUCGUUGGAUGUGUCUGGUAUUGUAAAUUCUGAACCAUCAAAUACAUCUGGUAUUGUAAAUUCGUUGGAUAUGUCUGGUAUUGUAAAUUCUGGACCAUUGGAUGCAUCUGGUAUUGUAAAUUCUGGGCCAUCGGAUGCAUCUGGUAUUGUAAAUUCUGGGCCAUCGGAUGCAUCUGGUAUUUUAAAUUCUGGAACAUCGGAUGCAUCUGGUAUUUUAAAUUCUGGAACAUCGGAUGCAUCUGGUAUUUUAAAUUCUGGACCAUCGGAUGUAUCUGGUAUUUUAAAUUCUGGACCACCAAAUACACCUGGUAUUGUAAAUUCCUGUACCCCAAACUCUUGUGCUACUGAGCCUGCACCAAACUGCAAAAAACGGAAACUGGAGGAUACAUUUCCAUCUUCACGUCCUGAUACUCUUGCUGCUCGACUGAGUCGAGUUCGAGUAAGACGAAUACCGGAACAUUUACGUGAGCCUGGUGGACGUGCUGUCAUUGUUGAUUUAAAUGGAGAUUUUUCGCAGCCAUCUGGCAAGAAUGUUGAGAAUGAUAAAAUAAUCAACAACAAUUAUUCUUAUGUGGACUUAAAUAGAACAGAGACAAAUGGUAUGGAUAAGAAGUUCAAAGUAGCAAAAGAAACCGAGGGUACAUUAUAUGAUGACAAAAAUUUUGGAAAUCAGUCUGAUAACUAUGCAUCUGUUCAUAAAUUUGUAAAUGUCAUUCCUUUUGAAAAACCAAACACAGAAUCUAGCAUUGAGGCUUCUGAAGAUAAAAGUAAAAAGUCUAUUACUGUUUUUUCUCUUGAUGAACAAUUUGAUGCAGAAUCUGUGAAUGAAGUUUCUCAAGUUGUAACAAUGAUUGUUGAGUCUGUAUGUGAAGUCGCUGUCAAUGAAAAAAUUAUUAAUGAAUCAGUUGUAGAAAUUUCCAAAAAUGCAAUGGAAAAUGUUGAUUCUACAGAAGAAACUUUAAAAAAUGAAAAUAUUUAUGCUGAAUUAGUGUCUGAUGUCUUAUUAAGAGUAGUUGAGGAUGUUGUUAAAGCAGAAACUGAUUCAAAAAUUAAAAAAGUUAAAUUUGAAAGUUUAAGUGAAAAUUUUACACAAUUUUCUGAAAUGCCCAAUGUACAUGAUGUAGUUAAGAUUCCUGUGGAUGUAUCAAAGGUUGAGAAUACGAUUACUUUAGAAGAUGAAACUCAAAAGGAGAAUAACAUUGAAAAACUUGCAAAAAGUGAACCAUCAAAGAAUACUUCACAAGAAAAUACAUGUACAGAAUUAGUUGAAGUAGAAUCUGCUGUUUCCGAGUUACCUGUACCACAAUUACCCAUAAAUUCUAAUGUUUCAGCUUAUCCCGUACAACUGUUUUGCUCCACAGCAUUUGAAUUUUCAGCAGCACAUCAAAAUUUUUUCGCUGAACAAAGGAAACUGAAGUCAGUAGAGUAUAUAACAGCUGAUAUCUGUUGUGAAUAUUUUGCGGAUGAUCAAACAAAACGGGAACCAGCAGAAUAUAUGGCAGUUGAUAUUAAUCUUGAGAAUUAUUCAAAUGAUCAAACAAAACAAGAGUCAGUAGAGUACAUCACAGCUGAUCUUCCAUCCAACUUAGAUUCAUUAGAGUGUGAAGCUGCUAAUAUUUCAGAUGCUUCAUAUAAAAUUCCUGAAUCGGAGAUUGUACAUGAGAAGCGUUCAUGUAAGAGACCUGAUAUAACUGGACCUGAUAUCUUUUUUCCUUUCCCAAUUCCAAGAUCAUCAUUGCACUCUCGCAAUUCAAACAACAGAGGACCUUCUAGUCUUUUAUCUGGUGCUGUUUAUAAUCCAAAUCGUGAAAUAAUUAAAAAGCUCCAGCUAUUGUAUGAAAGUUUCAAAAGAUCUGGGGAAAAAUGGAGAAUGGAUGUGUAUGAGAAAGCUAUUCUUGCAUUGACAACACAUACCAAAAAAAUUGAAUCCUUAGAGGGAAUACGGUUCUUAAGUUGCAUAAGCAAAAAGAUUGCUAAGAAAGUAUUGCAAAUUUCUGAAACUGGUCACUUAGAAGAAAUUGAUGAAAUUUGCAACAGACCGUCUGAAGAAACCAGAAAAGCUUUUAGCAGAGCAUGGGGUAUUGGACCACGUAAGGCUCGUGAACUCUACAGAGAAGGAUUUGAUACUUUGGCUGAUCUUAGGACAAAAGCAAGUUUGUCUCCACCUCUUCUUGUAGGGUUGAAAUACUAUGAUGAAUUAAAUACCAAAAUGCCAUGGAAAGAAGCUCGAUCGAUAUAUUUGAAAGUGUUGAAUGCCGCAUUUGCUAAGUAUCCCUUCCUUCAGGGUGAUGCUUGUUCUUCUUUGAGAAGAAGAAAAAAAUUCUGUGGUCAUGUUUCUGUAUUAUUAAGAUUGCCGGUUGGAUAUUACAAGAAUGAUCAUAAAAUACUACCAGAUGUAGUUGCUGAACUACACAAAUCAGGUUAUGUCGUUGAUGACCUGAUUCGCCACGAAGAAAUUGGAAACCAAACUAAGUAUGCUGGCAUAUUUAGGUUAGGGCGUAUAUACAAGUUUCGGAGAAUUGAAAUUACUGUCUGCAUCCAUGAAGAAUAUGGUUGUGCACUUAUGUUUUUGACGGGCUCCUCCUAUUUUAAUAGAGCUAUUCAACAGUUUGCCCUGAAAAGGAACAUGUUGCUUGAUGGGCAUUCUUUGAGGCUGAGGAUUCUAAAUGAAUUUGGAGGAACUGCUGAUUGCCCAAAACUCUAUGCUCCUACUGAAGAAGCUAUUUUUCAGUUCCUUAUGUUAAACUAUAUACCUCCUGAAAAACGUGAGCGUUUUGUACUGCCAACCCAUUUGUAACUUUAUUUCGAUAUUCGAACAUUCCAUUUUGUUGAUUUCAUAAUUGGUUUUAGCACAAUGUAUUCAUAGUACAUAAUUGUACUGAUAAUGGUAUUUAAUCUGAAUGUACUGGUGGUUAUAAUUAAAGUGCAAGUGUUUGAAGGAUUAUAAAAGAAAAGCUACUUGAAGUAUGUUGAAGAAAUUUAGUAUAUGUUAUAUUUACAACAUGGGGAAAUGAAUUACACAAUAGAAAAUGGGAAAAUGAAUUGCACAAUCAAAAAUUUUAGUUCAUUUUUUCGCAAUAGAUGGUGCUGUUGAUUAUUAAAACUUUGCUUUAGCUCUGUACUAUGUCAAAAUGAAUUCGAAAGAUUUUGUGGACUGAUGAAGCGCAUUUUACUUUAUCAGGACCAGUCAACACCCAUAACUGUAAGAUAUAGGGCUCAUGGGGUAACCCUUGCAUGCAACGUUUGUUACAUUUUGGUGUGGUAUGACUGCUGCCUUUAUUGCUGGUCAAUUUUUUUUCCGAAAAUUUUACACCAACUUUUUAGUUUGCUGCACCGUAACAGGCACUAGUUACGCUCAAAUUUUAGAAAGUAAUGUGAUACCUGCUUUGCAAGACAGAAACUGCUUCGAUUUAACAAUAUUCAUGUAAGAUGGAGCACCACCUCACACUGCUCCAUUGUGCUACAUACCACCGACUUCCCCGAACUUUUAGUGAGGAUCAUAUAGUAGCAGAUGUUUCCAAAAUGCGUUGCCACCUCUUUCACCUAAUUUGAAUCCGUGGGAUUUUUUGGCUGUGGGGAUAUUUAAAAGAUCGCGUCUACAAGGACACACCUAACACUAGUCCUAGAUAAAAACUAGUCCUAUUACUGUACAUGUCCUAGAAAUUCAGCAGGAAACAUUAGGUACUACUGUGGAUCACGCUGUUUUGCGUCUACAGCAUUUGAUAGGACUUGAAGGAUCCCAUUUUGAACAAAUACUGUAAUACAUUACGCAUUUCAUAUUUUAAAAAAGAAAAAUUUUAUAAUUACAAUGUAUAAAAUAUUGUCAUUAAAAAGCGCCACCUAUGACAAAAAGCUGAACUAAUUUUUUUUAUUAUGUAAUUCAUUUCCCCAUGUUGCAAAUGUAACAUAUAUCAAAUUUCUUCAACAUACUCUAAGUAGUUUUUCUUUUACAGUCCUUCAAACACUUGCGCUUUAAUUAUA